UGAAAUUCAAUGCCGUCCGCAUUAGCAUCCAUUAUCCCAGAUUCGAAAUCCGCCGGGAGCGUUGCGAUUUCGAAACGGGCGUCGAUUCCGACGGAGCCGGAUUUCCCGCCCACACGUCGGGGAACGAUCGUCUUCAUUAUCGACACGGGUCCGCCGGGAUGUGGGGAAGAGGGCCGACGGAGGGCGGUGCGGAUCGUUCGCAUUUGGCGGCGUGCUGCUCGUCGGGACACCUACGUAUACGCUCGCAUAAUGCGAUUCAGUUUCGCUGGCACUAUUACGGGGUGAGAUCCGCGAAGUGUGGUCGAAAGCAUCUCUUUCGAAAAAAGUGCGUCGCACGUAAGUGCGAGGCGUGAUAUGAAACAGUGAGCCGGGACCGUGAUUCGAAUGGACAGGCGAGGCUAGCCGCGCGUCAUGGGAUUGUGAAAGGAAUAUCGGGAGCGUGCACGAAGGUGGCAGGAAGUGGGAAAAAGGGCCAGGGAUACAACGCUCACGCCCGGUUGUCACGACGCCAUGUUUCCCCGAAGUGAUCUACCGAUGUCGAGUAUUCCUUUGACGGUACUCUGCUUUUUCGUACUUAUCGUCGCCGGCCAUGACGAAUCCGGUAUAGAGAAAAGAGAAGCCACAGAACGACCGAAUGAAAAUCUACCAACUCUAGACAUCACAGCGUCACAAGAUUUAGAAGGUAUAGAGGCUGGAAGCACACCUUCUUUAAUAUGUAAACUUAAUGUACCGGGUCAGGUAUGGUGGACCAGCAAUGGAAAGAAUCUCACAACUAUUCAUGAUUAUGACUCUGGAGGACGUUUAGAUAUUAAACAAGCUAGCAGAAAUGAUAUAGGAGACUAUAAAUGUAUGGCACAGACUGUAGAUGGAGAAUUAUUGGAGAAGGUCAUUCAUAUCAGAAUUAUUGAACCAGGCAGAAUAACACCCGAAGGGAAUGUUAGGGCCAAAGUAGCAGAGUCAGCCAACUUAACGUGUCAUAUGCAUGGUUAUCCGUUAUCUCAGUUUUCUUGGAUGAAGAGCAAUGACUCAGAAAGCACUGAAUCCUUACAAGAAUAUACCAGUAUUACACAGAUUAAUGAGACUUACACUAUAUUGACAUUAGAAUUCACAAGUUUGGUUCACAAAGAUAAUGGGACAUAUAUCUGUAAAGCGCGUGACUAUAACAGUGAGAUCAGCGCCCAAAGGCACCUUUUUGUAAUCGAUGUACCGCAAGUCAGCAUUGAUUUCAUGAAAGCUGUCGGCGCUGGAAGUAUAUUUUUGAAUUGGACUGUGAACGAUGGAAAUGAAUCUAUCAAGAAAUACUUUAUUCGGCAUAUGAAGAAUGGAACUGACCGGUACCAGUAUUAUAUGGAACAAAUUGGAGGUGGUAAUUCCAGUUACGUUUUAAAAGGAUUCGAAAGUGGUACAGCAUAUCAAUUUGGAAUUGAAGCGACAAAUGCUGUGGGUUCGUCGCGGGUAACGUUCGAUCCGCGGUGGAUUACCACUCUUGAAAAAGAUCCUGUAUUUGUGCCAAAGGUCUCUGUCAACGGAGUUACAGAAAAUUCUAUUACGCUAGGUUGGACAGUACCGCCAGCCGACUUGAAAGAACACGUGCAUUAUUAUUGUUUAAUGGCCACGCAUAGAGGGCAAAAAAGAGAGACAGUGUACCCCGCGCAACCAUUUACCGUCUACGCGUUCGUUGAUCUCGAUCCCGCGACUACGUACAAAUUUAAAAUCGCUGCGUGUAGCGAAUACACGAAAGAAUGCGGGAAUUGGAGCACCGAAGUGAACGGCACUACUCUAGAUGGAGUAUCCAGCCCUCCUCAGAAUCUGUCUGUCAGCUGCAAGUUCGACGUCAUAAGUAGCUCUAGUUUCAUUGCCAUCACGUGGGUUCAUCCAGAGAAACCAAAUGGUGUGAUCACUCGUUACAAUAUACAACUGACGGGAGUUGCUAAAUUCAAAAAUGACAUGGGCCGUUUGGAUAUUGACAAUUGGGGGCCACAGAAUUGGAGCGUGCAUAAACGGAACAGUACACAUUACAAUCAGAUUCCAUCCAAUACAAAUUAUACGGUUCGCGUACACGGUGUAACGAGAUCUCGUACACCAGGAAAGGAUGCUAUAGGCAAUUGCACGACACCGGUCACCAUUCCUGACAGAGAUAGCCUGAACAUGCGAUCGUGGCGGAAAAUUGAAAAUCAGGGUAAGCAGCUGUUCAAGCUGUACCUCCCGCGUAUUUCCGAAAGGAACGGUCCCAUAUGUUGCUAUCGAGUUUACCUAGUUAAAUUGGCGCCACAGAAAAGCGUUACUGACUUACCACCGCCCGAGGAGAUCGGUGUAUAUUCGUACCAGUAUGCCCACAGCUCGUCUACCGGUGGCGCUUACGUUGCCGAGACGUUUGACAGCGAUCGAUUAGUGUCAGAGAUCUUCCUUGGUGACGGUGAAUCGUACAAUCGUAGUUCUAUGUGCGACAAAUGCAUUGGACUUCGGGCGAAAGCCGCUCCACCGGUGUUGCACCUUGUUCCUGAAGUUCAAACGACCAUGGCGUCGCUCAACGCGACACCUGCCACGACUACGACACCUAUGACAACAGCUAAAUCAACAACAACUAGUACUACUACUUCUACCACCAGCACUUCUACUACUACAACCACUACCACUACUACUACCACUACCCCUGCUCCUACUACUACUAUUCCUACUACCCUUCCGACAACUACUACAACUACUCCCGCCACCACCAUCACCACUACUACCAGCACCACUAGCACUACUACUACAACUGCUGCUCCAACAACAACUAUUGCCACUACAGAGAAGCUGGAGACGAUAGGUCUAAUUUUAGACGACAACAACCAAACAGAAAAUACCGUAAGAAAGAAAAGAGACAAUACAGUGAUUCAGAAGACGAAGAGUACCGACGGAACUCCUGAAGCACAGUUUUUUUCGCCGCAAGAUGGUUUUCUGGAUGAAAAAGCUAAUUACACCGGAUUUAUUGAAGUUAUCGUAUUUGGGAACGAGGAGGAUCAAUUUCUGCCAGCUUACAGCAAUUACUUCACGCCCCUUUACGGGGGCUUGGACCCCAGAGCCGGAGUAUCAUCGGAUGUCACUACUCUCAGCGUGAUUCUUCAGAUUUCUCUGGCGCUCAUAUUGAUCAUCAUCAUCCUCUUCAUAGCGCUUUGUAUAUUGCACAGAUAUACGAAGCGAGCACAGCAGAGGGGCGAAGAGAUUAUCACUCUGAGGAAUAGCUUCAGGCAUCUGUGCAGGAGUCUCAGGGGAAGGCAUCAACUCGUCGCAGCAAGUCCACCAGAUAUGCCACCCAUCCCCAAAAGCGAUCUACUUCAGGCGUACCUCGAACGACACCGAGAUUCCGAUUACGACUUCCUAGAAGAGUUCCAACUGUUGCCGGAUGAGUUCACUGACCGUACCACGAGGGCUUCAGAGGCGCGCGAGAACCUUUAUAAGAAUCGUUACCCGGACAUAAAGUGCUACGACCAGACCAGAGUGCGUUUGGCACAGGUGGACGGUAUCUCCGGGUCCGACUACAUAAACGCCAAUUUCGUGCUCGGCUACAAGGAACGCAAGAAGUUCAUAUGCGCUCAAGGACCAAUGGAAAAUACCGUUUGCGAUUACUGGAGGAUGAUCUGGGAACAGCACUUAGAACUGAUACUCAUGUUGACGAACCUCGAGGAAUAUUCGAAGACGAAGUGCGCCAAGUAUUGGCCGGACAAAGGGGAGACCAAGAACUUCGGAGACAUCACUGUCGAGCACAUUCGGGAGAGGGCUUACUCGGAUUACGUUGUUCGCGAGCUGAAGAUGACACGACUGGGCGAACGCGACGCCCGGACCAUUGUUCAGUAUCACUUCUUGGUCUGGAAGGACUUCACUGCGCCGGAACACCCUCACGCUGUACUGAGGUUCAUCAAAAGAGUGAACGAAGCUUAUUCGUUGGAGAAGGGACCCAUAUUGGUGCACUGCAGCGCAGGUGUUGGACGAACCGGAACUUUGGUGGCGCUGGACUCCUUGCUGCAGCAACUGGCCGAGGAGGGUCAGGUGUCGAUAUUCAACACGGUGUGCGACUUAAGACAUCAGAGGAAUUUCUUAGUGCAAUCGCUGAAACAAUAUAUUUUCAUUUAUCGCGCGUUAAUGGAAAUGGCCCAGUACGGCGACACUGAGAUUCCGGCGUCACAGUUGAAAGCAACGGUCGCGAAACUACGGCAAAGGGACAACGGCAAGGAGAAGUGUAGAAUGGAGGAGGAGUAUGAUAAAAUUAAUUCCAUGUUGGAAGAUAGAAAGUCGUACUCCGUAGGCGGCGGAGAGGAAAACAAGAGCAAGAAUAGAAGCGAAUUAAUAAUACCGUACGACAGGAACCGAGUCAUUCUUACGCCAGUUCCAGGCAGAGAACACUCGACGUACAUAAACGCAUCAUUCAUCGAAGGUUACGAUAACUCCGAGUCAUUUGUCAUCACUCAGGAUCCACUGGAUACCACCAUAGCAGAUUUCUGGCGCAUGAUUUCAGAACAAUGCAUUUCCACGAUAGUAAUGCUGUCCGAUUUGAACGAGGGCCCGCGAAAGUGUCCACGGUACUGGCCCGACGACGAAGCCGUGUACGACCACAUAAGAGUCAGAUACAUUCAAAGCGAGAGCUGUCCAUAUUACACGCGCCGCGAGUUCUGCGUUUCCAAUACGAAAACUGACGAGAACGUAGUCGUGACACAGUACCAGUACCACGGAUGGCCGACAGUAGAAGGAGAAGUACCUGAAGUUACUCGUGGUCUCAUCGAACUGGUGAACCAAACCCUAACGAACGAAACGGAGUCGAGUGGCUCGCUGGUUGUGCACUGCAGCUUCGGAUCCGACAGGAGUUCCAUGUUCGUCGCCCUUAGUAUAUUGGUCCAACAGCUGCGGACUGAAAAACGCGUCGACAUCUUCACAACGACGAAGAAGCUGCGCUCCCAGAGACACGGAAUGAUCAGCACCUUCGCACAAUACGAGUUUCUGCACCGUGCUAUCGUGAACUAUUCGGAUCUGCACAAUCUGGCCGACGACGAACCGGCGUCUUAAUAUCGCAAAAGCGUAAGAUCAGAAGGAAGUCCUGAAUCAUGUUCGGUGAACGUGUGCGCAGAAACGUUUCACGUACGAUAAGUGUUUGGGAACGUAUGAAUGCUCAAGGGAACGUAUAUCGGGCCAACCAAAGAAAUCGUUAAUGUAUUGGUGAAUAUGAUUAUAAUCUCCAUUGAGCUAGACUGACCGUACACGUGUGCAUAAGAGACUGCAAGCAUUUUGGGACUCGAGCUGCUUAUGCAUAGAGGAUAUAGCUUAAGCAUGUGUACCGAGAGAGAGACACUUAUACGUACAACACGGAAUGAGCCGUAAAGAUACCGCACAUUUUCAAGCUCGUAGGGUUAAAACUGAACGCGCGAUGCAUGGAUCGAUGGGGCUGUUCAUCGAUAUUAAUUAACCAACGUUUGGUUAAUUGUUCCAUAGUGCGGUAUACAGUGAUGACUCUCGUGACGCCACGGUCACGACAGCUGUUGUGAAGCUAUCCGAAUGACUUGUUUUUAUUACCAAUAACGAGAACGGGGAAAGAAAUACGAGACAAGUGUGUUAGAAUGUUUGUGACCGGGACGGAACAAUCGAGGAAAGCACCGACACAAUAGAGGGAAGUGCUUUCCGGAUUUUUUAAAAUUAACGAGUAUGGCUAUUCGGUGGACUAGUGAAACGAAUCGAACAUAUUUGUAUGAGCGUACGAGUAAUAUGACAAGUGGACCAUACAGCUUUGCCGAUCCAACGUUCGCUCGUGUUCUCUCAUCGCCGCAUUCAGGCCAGAUCCGGAAAUACGAGUUGCCACUGUAUCUGUAAAAUUGUAACCCAUAAAAGCGUUGGAACUUUUAUGCGUUACGCUUAAAUUCUUUCUAAUCCGCGCGGAUCCUUGGGCACGAUCGAACGGUGAACGGUGAAGCUCGAUAUGGGUUUCAAGCUGAAUCGGAACUCCCCUUGUAUUCUUCCAAGCGUUGGUACCAACACGCGUUGUUGUUGUUCUACCGUUCGAUGACAAGGAGAGAUCAGACGCUACUACGAUCUAUCUUAUAUUACGAUAUACACUAACAAUAUCACGCACCCAUGUGUGUUAGUUUGUCUGUAAGAUACAGUGUCAUAUACGAUGGGUCAGGGAAGUAUUAGCGUGCUCGGCUUCUUCGUGGUGUCUUCGUGUAGAAAAAUAACACGAGAAUAACAUGUUCCAUUCGCGUGAUCAUUUUUCCUUUUACAGAAACUCAUCGCGAAAGAGCCGAGCGCGCGAACACCUUUUUCGAGCCAUUGUACAUAGAAGCGUGUACACGCGCGUCGGCGCUAAGUUUUCGUCUAAAGGAAAGACUGAUAAUCAUAUUCAGUUUCGAUACGCAUGAUGAAACGGCCUGUACCUCGUUCGCACGGCAGCUGAAACUGCUGUGAAUCGUAACGCACGGGAGAAUCAUUUUUUUACUUUUACAUACCGCAGCAAAUUCAAAGAUGUCCGUCUCUGUAUGUGUAUGUGUGUGUAUGUGUGUGUAUACGGCAUGCCCACCAACGUGCUCGGUGAGUCAUCGACGAAACAUCACUCAUCAUUCGAGGACUUGCGUAGCACAAUUAGCAGCUAGGUUUCAACCGGAGGAUACUGAGAGUCGCGGGCAGUUCUAUCUCGAAUGACAUUUUUCUUUUAUAUCAAGUUGAAUCUCAGUUUAUAAGAUAACCAACUUGCACAUCUGUUUCAAAGUUAAUCCUGUCUCGAUUAAGCUGGUGAUUAAGACGUAUCUCGAAACGUGGUACAGCUAAAAAUGCCCCUUUCGCGACGGGCCUCGGUGAUCUUGGUAAAUUGAUAUUUUUCUACAAGGUUCGAGCAACCUUAAGCAGAAACUCGACUGAAAUUAAACAAAGAUAAUUCUACGAAACGUGUUCUGCGUCCUGCGACUGCACAUUUUGAUCAGGAACCAUUAUUCUAGCCUCUGUUAACGUUGGAACUGCUCGUUACUGUUAGUAUUCGGUGAAAUAGUAGACGACGUUGAAACGGAACAAGAAAUGAAAACACAGGUCGACGGGAUUAAUGUGAACAAGGAAAGAAAAAAAGAAAGAGGACUCUCAUGGGAAUCGGUACGUUACAUUUCUUCGCAGGCUCGUUCAUUUCUAGUCAAACGAUUUUAACACCGGCACGCGCGCUGCUGAACUAUCCACUUUAAACGGCAGGGGACAAUCAGAUUCAAUUUCCGUUCGUUCGUUCGUUCGUUCAGUUUUCUUGUUUCCAUUUGAACCGUAUCGGUCGUCGAACGUUCUCUUUUUUCUUUCCUUCAUCGUUCUUCUGACAAACCAAUUUUCCAUUCCAUUCCGUACUAAUAACGCACGUUCCCCACUCGAUGUACAUGCGUGUAUAACCGAUCCAUUACACGAGCAUUAAUUUAGUCGCUAGUUCGCGCUUACGAUUACGUUGCAAUCGAUAGAGAAUGUUAACGUGAGAGAGAGAAAGAGAGAGAGAAAGAGAGAGACGCGUUAUCCUUCGUCCUCUCUGUAAUUAUACCGUAAUUAUCGCUUGCGUAUUAACGAACAAUAACGACAAUAUGUGUUUCCACUUUUUUAUACCGAACGAGGCGCACUUCCGGUGGCUAGCCGACGGAGGGGCGCGAGGGAAAAUGAUUUUGACGAUCGGUUACGAUUAACGCGAAAACAGCCAAGGGAGUCAUUCUACACGGACAAUGUUUUUCUCAUACUCAAAUCGAUUCCAUACUAACUUGUGUUUAGAUUUUUAUAUUUGUACAUAGGUAUUUAUAUGUGUAUAUUUCACUAGAAUUUUGUGAUAAUACAAUGCUUUCUAAUAUCACGUCAUUCAUCUUUUAUUGCGACGACGAACCGGGAAUGUCGGUGUACAACCUUGCAAUCAAAUAUGAUCCGUUGCGAACUCUUGUCGCGUGGCCAGGGAACACUCUCCGCGGUGGAGAUCCUCGACAAUUUUUGUAAAGCUACAUUUAACGCGCACAACGCGCGGACCGGAAACGGUCCGAGCGAAAUCGACAUCGCCGAGGAUGUUGAGACGUUCAAUUAUCGCAUACAGGAAAGUUACGAAUGUUUCUGAUCGUACGGUCGCACGUGGAUAUAGCGGUGCUCGCUUAAAUUUCACUAUUUCGAGUCUUAGCAGUGGAAUUUAACCGAGCAGAGGGAAACAGGUGGAACACAUUUGCUUUCAGAACUGAACUUGAUUCUCAAAUGUGGUACCGAUGGUUUGUUGACAUUUCUCUGAUUAAAAUGAUCCCAAACACGUAAGUCGGACCAGUUUCACCGACUUAAUCUAAUUAACGGAAUUAAAGACUCAUUAGAAAUCGAUAGAAUAAAUCGAUUUACGUCGUGUUUCGACUCAUUUUAAUCGGAUGAAUCUGAAUGAACCACUGGUACGAUGUUUGGGAAGGUGAGACAUCAGUGAAACGGAAAUUUUGAUUGUGCUACGCUCGAGGUAGAUUUCUGUUGAAUUUAAGCGAGCAUCGCUGUACUCUUCUCCGCGUCGUACCGAGAAAACGACGCCUCGUUUCGCAAUCAAACCCAGACUAAUUUAUGUUGUUACGUUAUGCUACCAGUGAGAAACUAAGUGAUGUUUUUAAGUACAGAACGAUAACUGUUAUUUAUAGAGUCUGCGAUUUUAUUAUUUAAUAAGGAUCAAACGUGUUUCGCGCGCGCGCUCGCGCUCGCACGCGGUGAGAGAGUUCUCGCGCGCGAAAGUCAUGAUGCAAGACGAUUUAAACGUGACCGAGCAAGAUAGGUACAAUUAAGAAAUCGUAGCCCCGUAAUUAGUUACAUGUAAUUGUUCUUGUUAUGCAUGCUGAUUUUAUAGUAUGUGUAUAAAGAAGAAGAAGAAGAAGAAGAAGAAGAAAGAAAAAAAGCAUCGUCAUUUUUACAGCCAGUGUACGAAUUAAAGAAGGAUUAAAAGCAUUGUUGUAAAUUAACCGAUACGAUUUUCAUUUUUAUUAUUAAUAUUAUUAUUAAUAUCAUUAAUAUUAUUAUAAUUAAUAUCAUUACGAUUAUCAUUAUUUUCAACGAGUCGACAAGGACUCGAGCGAGAAUCCAAUUGACGAGUCUCGAAUUUUUCGAAUUGAGAAACGCGUUUCUCGAUUUCCGAUCUGUAAACGAACAAUGUAACGAGUAAUUUGUUAUUCUCUAAGGUGCACGUUGAACGAUGCAAGCUGAUGCUGCGAUACUGCGAGUUUAUGCCUCGGAUGUAAGAUUAAAGUUAAUGACAGUCUCGUGUUCGCCAUUUUCGUCUGAAGCGUGAGAGCCAUUCUACGCGCGAUCCGUCGUUUUAUCGGGCUGUGUCAGCGUUUCAUUCGAAUGGAGGAACGUUCGAACAAUUCCGAAUCGUCCGACGAUCUGGAAUUAACUUUAAUUCGUUUGGAGGUAAAUGACGCUGCGCGAGCGUAUAGGAAUAUAUACAAGGUUAUACUGAAAUCGCGGAUGUUCACCGUCGAUCCUCUUUUCUGUCUGUGUAUCUUCCGUAAAGAACUUCUUAUUAUUAGAUUAAGAUCGUUUGAAAGUAUUCUCAAUUUCGUUGGCUCCUGUGUAGCCAAGCAUGCCAUAGACGCACGAACAUCUGCUGUUUGAUU